AUGUCGACGCCGAACCAAGUGGGUGUGCGCAAAUCGAUGCGCGAUGUCCUGAGGCCUCGGCCGAUCAUAGAUGGCUCGAAGCUGAUGAAUGAGCUGCUGAGCCUGGAGAAGGUCGAGCGCCAUUGGGAAGUCGGAUUCAGGCGCCGAUUCCUGAUGAGCAAAGAAGAUGAUUGGCAAUCCAUCGCGCAGCCUCACAGGGUAGGAGCCACCCAGUGGGACAUGGGUGGGCUGUUGUGCGGCGCCUUGUUGAUGGCGUCUUUGUAUGGCAUGUUAUCACAUUCCCCGGCGGCGAUGAUCGUCGCUUUCUUCGCAAUGUGCCAUUUGUUGCAGCUGCGGUUGCACAGGGACAGGCUGACGCUGCACUUUUGUAUCACCGCCUGCUUGGGAUACACUGCUCUGAUGGUGGAGCGCCUCGUCGUGGAUUCGGAGCACACCUUGAACUACGCAGGCAUAAUCACCAUACUUGGGUUUACAUUCCUGCACCUGGUCGCGGUCAUCCUGCUAGCACGCUACACCGUCGGGCGCAUGUUCGAGCGUUUCGCCGAUUCUUGCCUGCAGUUCAGGAUUCCGCCGCUACUGGAGUUCCAGUCGUUGGCGACCGGGGUGGUGGCCGGAUUGGGUGCUAUUUUCGCCGUUGCCCGCCUGUACUGCAUAUCUUUCACGGCUUUUGUUACGGUGUGCUUCGUGUUUUUCUCGAGGCUGCCGUUCCCCGCAGCGCGGCGGGCAGAUGCUGCUGAUGUCAAUGCGCAGCUGGACGGUGUACCGCGCCAACCAGCGAGUCGGAGCUUUUUUGAGGCGUGCAUGCCCGUAGUGCGUUGCCUCAUCAGCGUCAUGUUUACCGGUGCGGCACUCUGCGUUUGCAUUGCGAGCGCAAUCGAUGACCAUGUGCUAUCGCUGAGUGCUCAGGGGUCAUUCAAAAAGUGGGAAAGCGAGCAUGGGCUGGCUGGUGACUUCGUGACCAUCUUCCGGAGUUUGGCGUAUAUGUUGUCGGCCAUGUGCGGUAUCAUCUUGGUCCUGCAGAUCAUCAAGUUGGUGCAGCUGUUGCUAAACUCCGCCCGGCUUCGUGGGGUACUGGAGCAUUGCACCGUGUUCAUGGGCAAGGCUUGCGUGGGAACCCGUGGCGAGCUGGUGUAUAGCUACCACAACUACUCUUUGGACAAGCUGGGGAAAGUGGUUGCCGUCAACACCAUGGGGAAGCAGCCGCUGCUCGGCUACGACCGGUCGACCAUGACCUGCUACGACAUAUACCUGGCCAUGCAACGCCGUGCGCUUCACGCGCUCAGUCUGCAAUCAUACUUCUGCUACGUGCCUAUCGGGUACCUCUACGCGACUGACCGCGACUCCAACAUCCAGCUGCGCACCCGCGUGAAACUGGAGCGCAUGGCCGCUGAGCUGGAUCUUCGCAUUGCUCGCGAGCGCCAGCGUCGCCUUGAAGCGCGUAGGGAACGCCAGCGGAGACUGGAGCUUGAGAAGGCUGCACGAAACCGCCCGGAGUUCAUAUCAACAUCCAUUCCUGCCGAUCUCGGCAUACACGUGGUGCCCGUUCUGCAUGACAGCUACCAGGAGGCGCGUGAAGAGGAGAUGUCCCGCCACAGGUCGAUGUCCAUUCCGGUUAACUUGAGCCUCUGCAACGUCGCCGAUCUGGCUGCGGUAUCGUCGUUGCGCGAUAGGAUGUACCAACGCCGCUGCGUCACGACUGCUGUUGGCGACGACUUCUAUCUCCGCCGUCGUACAAUCAUCGACAGGGUACGUUGCUCGUGGCUCGAACAGCCCGCCGAGUCCAUCCCGUUAUUCGAGACCGUGAUGCCGAUGAGUCCGAAAGUGUACCGCGACCCCAACCGCGGCGAUUUCAACUUCAACACCAUCGACUCGGCGCUGUCAUCUGUGUUCCGCGGCCUCGAGCUCAUGAAGACCGCCGAGAGUGCACUUGACACGACUCCGCAAAGAUUGCAUGGGCCGCCAUACGACAAGUACAAGCUCGACCCUACCGACAUAUACCCGCUCAACUUCGACAGUAGCCAUCGCAAUGCUGUCCCACCGGACGGCGGCGACCUGUUGAGCUGCAGCCCAAGCGCAAAGGCCGAACUUCCUGAUGACGUACUAGUGACAAUCAACAUGUGUGAAGCCACGCCAAUUCGGCCGGAAUUCGAAACCGAAGAGCAGGAUGCCCGGAGCGCCAACAUUAGCAAGGCUGUAACACCCCAAUCCUGCAUAGCCGGCGUAGUGGAUGCCGAUUUGUCACCGGAACAGUUCAUGGAUGCAUUUGAAGUCCAUGAAUCGGUGCAAUUCAUCGACAUCGGGUCGUCAAAGAGCAGCAUCGGGUUCAUAGACCUGCCGCCCGAGCAAAUCAGAAGCGCUUGUGCUGCGGGCCAUGUGGACACCCUCGGCAAGUGGCACUGGCUGGACAGCGCCGUUAACAGUGCGUUGACUAGUAACGGCGUAAAUGUGCCAAGCAUACGGUCAGAUCCGCCAAUCCACAUUGACACGGAGGAAUUCGAGCGUAGAAGACCACUGGAGGAAAUACUAGAGGGCGAGUACUACAUCAACGACAAAGGCGAGCUUGUGGUCAAGAGCGACAGCCGAUAUGUCCCGGUACGUUACCACGGCGAGCGCAGCGUUAAAAGGCUGACCGAGUUCUACAACAGUGGGCAUAAGCGCGCUGUGGAGCAAGGGAUUACCGGCAGAUCGUCUGACAAAGAAGAGGGAGACCACUACGGAGUACACUCGAUUAACAUAACGACGUCGCCUCUUCACCUACACACGAUCAGUAUAGGAUCAGACAACAUCCUGCCCGUUGAGGCACUGAAUCGCCGCGCGUCGCACCACCUGAUCAUCACGGACUCCGUGAGAUGUGAUAUGGAAGCGGAAGCCGUGAAUGCGGAAACGGAUAGCCAGCUAUCGGAAGUAGUUUCAUUCAACGAGUUCGAGACAGAAGAUCGCCCUGAGUUUGUGGUAACGCGCGAAUACGAACUGUACACGCCAUUCAACCUCACCCAGAUUCCCAAAGGGUCGGGGCAAUCUCUACAGCGUUCCCAAAUCGCAGACCGGUCGCGGAAGGAGACGACUGACUCUUCGUACGCGCCGCUCUCGAGUUUAGGGACGGAUGAGGCGGAGGAAAAGCACGUAGAUGGGGAGAGCAGCGAGCCGCUGGGCGUAGCGGCGGGCACCGAUGGCGAGGGCACGGCCUACAAUGAUCGUUCAGAGGCGAGCAGCACAGACUCACUGGAGACAUUCGGAGAGUUGAGUCCGCGGGAGCUACGCAAAAUAGCAGCGGCACGUCACCUGCCGCUGGCACUGGAUUCGAGACAGGAGAAGGUGUUCUCAAUCUGUCCGCCGCGUAGGCACGGCGCAGUGGUAUCGGCGUUACACCCGAAAGCCGAUGAGUACGUGGAUUCCGUCUCGACGACCCCUGCUGACAUACGUCGCCACAAAAUCAAUGGCAGCAGCGGGUGUGACUACCGCAACCGGUACGCCGACAGCGCAGAUGGUUCGCUGACGUCCCCCGGCUCUUCCUUGGCGACUCCAUCGCCGAAUUCAGGCCACACGCGCCCCGUAAUUCCUCAGCGAAGAUGGCGCAACGAGUUCGACUUCUCGCCGGUCGCCGUGCACUCCACGGAGGACGUGUUGCGCGAGCUCAUGCAGGACAUCGACAUUGUGGAUUCCGCCGUAGAGGACCACGCCUCCGACGUCAGCCAUGACUUCAUCUUCGGCCGUUGA